AUGAAGUGUCUGAUGAUACUGUGCGCCGCGACAAUCAUACUGUGCGCCGCUCUGCAGGACAACGGCAACGAACCAAUGGAAGAUGGCUCGGAUAAGCACUGCACCGUUCUGGAUUCUGACUCGGCCAUCAAUACGACAACUGCGAUCCGGGCGAUGAUGGGAACCUGGCACGGAACACAAUUAAUCACACACGACGGCCGCGAAGAAGGCUUCAUGCAGUACCGGUCCUGCGCGGUACUUCACCUGACCCUUACCAGACCCUGGCCGGUUCCCGGCACGAAACCGCCACACAAGAAAACAUCCUGGCGCAUUCGCCAGUUGAAAUUAAUUUGGGGUGAAGCUGAGCAUUCGUUGAAGUUCACGCUGAGCUUCAACAGCACCCGGCCCGGGAUCUGGAUGUGCUCGGAGCGUCAGAUCGGGUCCAUGACCAGACCGGAGCUCCGGUACAAGCAGUUCGCGGGCAUCGUGCAGGUGGUGAAAGCGACCGGCACCCUCCUGGUGCUGACGUUCUGCGAACCCAUGCCGGGCGGGCAGCUUUACACGGUCGUUCUCCAGCGCGCGCCUCCGACGAUCCGGGCAUCGGAAGAAGUUCGGAGCAUCCGCAAUCUGCUGCGCCAGUACGGUCUUCCGAUCUACUCGGUUCGUAAGAUGUGCCGCAACGGGACCGCCGGCCCCGCCAUGGGCUCGCUUUACGUGUUGCUAGUGCUGGCCGCCGUGCUGUUGGUGCUGAUGAAAAACUACUACUAA